AUGAUGGGCCUCAACUCCCUGCUGGCCCUACUUGGGCUCCUGACAGCUUGCACCAAUGCGACAGCCCUCACAUACAAGAUGCACCCGAACGAGAAAGAGUGUUUCUAUGCGAAUGUGGAUAAGGCGGGUUCCAAGAUCGCAUUCUACUUUGCCGUGCAGAGUGGUGGUGACUUCGACAUCGACUACCACGUAUACGGACCAGGAAAGGAGCCCGGCAAGGAGAAGAUCGUGCUAAGCGGCAUGAAAGAGAGGCAAGGCGACUAUGUCUUCACAGCAGAGCAGACUGGAGAGUACAGAUUCUGCUUCGACAACUCGAUGUCGACCUUUGCGGACAAGAUUGUGGAUUUUGAGAUCUCGGUCGAGAACGAACCACGAGCGAACCUCCCACAAAAAGCAGGCGCGAGCACCGAGCAGUUGGGCGAAGUGGAAGAGACACUAUUGAAGAUGUCCGGGCAAGUCUCGACAUUGACAAGACAACAGAAGUACUUCCGCACCCGAGAGAACCGCAACUUCAGCACAGUCAGGAGCACGGAGAAGAGGAUCUUCAACCUGAACUUAAUGGAGGGUGGACUCAUGGUUGCGAUGGCUGGUCUGCAGGUCUUCAUCGUCAAGAUGUUCUUCACCGGAGGCCGCAAAGGCUACGUCUGA